UAUCAGGGAGGUUAAAAGUAAUGUAUUUAUUUUUGACAAGCGCACAACUGUCAAGGAUGACGCCAUAUGUUUAUUGUAACAGAUAAUAACCGGACAUUUUAGACUUGGAUUAAUAGUCAAAGAUCCUUGACAACUUUUGAUGGGUACUGUUGUGGUGGGGUUUUUCACAGUGACGUGAACAACUGUUGAAUCUCUGAGGAAAACUAUUUUAUUCUCUCUCUGUCUCUGUGCUCUCCGUGAUGAAACAUAUCACAUUUUUUCUCUCUGCCCUCCAUGAGGAAAACUCUCAUAUUUUUCUCUCUGGCUCUCUAUCCUCACAGCCUCCAACUCUAUUUCACCAGUUUCUAUCCUGGACCAUUUUUUAUUUUCAACGAUAAACCUAAAGAGACAGAUGAUGAGCAGUGUAUAAUUUGUUCCAUAAUAAAACGAUGCGUCGUGUCCCUAACACCUGUUGAACGGUGAUUAUCCUACGUAAUGGCUUUCCGGAGCGGCUGCUGUUGUGGCUUCGGUCCCUUCAACGAGGAUAACGCCAGGUUCCUUAUGUUAGCUGUGUUCAUAAUCCUCUACCUCCUCUGCGGUGCCGCUGUCUUUUCAGCACUGGAACAGCCGAUGGAAGCGGAGGCGAAGGAGCGCUGGGGGCAGCGGUUUGAACAGUUCAGCCAAAAGUAUAACCUUAGCAAGAAAGAGCUGAACAACUUCUUGAGGAACUACGAGGAGGCGAACGUGGCUGGGAUCCGCGUGGACACUAUCAGACCUCGGUGGGACUUUACCGGUGCGUUCUACUUCGUGGGGACCGUGGUCUCGACCAUAGGGUUUGGGAUGACCACGCCAGCGACGAUCGGUGGUAAGAUCUUCCUCAUCUUCUACGGACUCAUCGGCUGUGCCGCCACCAUCUUGUUCUUCAACCUCUUCCUGGAGCGUGUCAUCACAGUCAUCGCCUUCGUCCUCAAGUUCUGUCAUGAGCGCCGCCGCCGCAAGGCCAUGCUUCCCCAAAAUGGCUGCCGACGCCUCUCUGAGGGCAGCGGUGGUGGCGGGAGAGGUGGCAGGGGGGAGGGGCUAGCUGGGUGGAAGCCUUCAGUAUACUGUGUUAUGCUGAUCCUUGGCGCCGCUGCCAUCUUGGUUUCCUGCUGCGCCUCAGCAAUGUACUCUGCUGUAGAAGGCUGGGCGUAUCUAGACUCUCUGUACUUUUGCUUUGUGGCGUUCAGCACCAUCGGGUUCGGUGACGUGGUGAGCAGCCAACGGUUGGAGUACGAGGAGGGGAACGUGAACCAGAUGGCCUACCGGCUGGGCAACUUCCUGUUUAUACUGACAGGCGUCUGCUGUAUUUACUCGCUGUUCAACGUCAUCUCCAUCGUCAUCAAACAGGUGCUGAACUGGCUGUUGAGGAGGAUGGAGGCACCAUGUCACUGCCCGAGGAGGGGGGGCCACCAACCCCAGCAGAGACUCCCCAGGAGGAACGUGGUGGUGCCCGGACAUCUGAGGGCGCAGCGGGACCUGUCCAUCGAGACAGACGCGGUGAAUGAGAGCGAGGUGGACGGGCGGAGGAUGUCUGGAGAGAUGAUCUCCAUGAGAGAUUUCCUGGCUGCCAAUAAGGUCAACCUGGCCAUCAUGCAGAAGCAGCUGUCAGAGAUGGCUAACGGUCACCCUCGCCAAUCAGGAUCCAACUCCCGCCACGGCCACAACGGCUUCUCUGGAGGGGUGGGUGCCCUGGGCAUCAUGAACAACCGCCUGGCAGAGACCAGCAUGGAUAGAUAGACCUGGCAAAUCACCAUGGUGAACAUAUAGGCCAGACUGAUUAACUGGCCAGAGAGACAGUCACCAGAAAUUGGCUGGCCAGAGAGAGACCGUCCUCGCAAAAUACAUUAAUGUCAAUGGAACUCAGUUGAAUGAAUAGAGAAAUAAAACAAUAUUCCAUGAAAAUAAUUGACGUCAUGGACUACAGCCUGGUCAGAUCUCAUUAAGUCAAAAUAUAUAUCACAUAUUUGGCAUGGGACUUAUAUAUCAAAUC